CCUCGGAAGUGUCAUUUUUGGACUUGGGCUAAACUUCGGCAUAUGUGGAGCGGCGCAUCGGCGACUCCGAGCUGAUCGUUGACAGUUAGGAUUAAAUGGCGGCCAGAAAACACUGAAACAGGAGGCGGGAGGAUGUCUGUGGAGGUGGACUUGCUGCUGCAGGAGGCGAAGGAGAGCAUCGAGGCGGCGCAGAACUACCGCAGCGAGCUGCAGCAGCGGCUGCAGGGCCUCAACCAGGCGCGCAAACAGAUCCGGGGCAGCUCCGGCCAGGCUCGCGAGGCCCUCAAGAGGCACUUCACGGAACUGCAGGCGGCGGCCGGCCGCUUGCUGUCGGAGCGGCUGGCAGGCCUGCUGGCCGAGGUCGACGCCAUCGAGGCCGACAGCAUCAAGCCUCUGGACGACUGCCAGAGUCUCAUCGAGCACGGCGUGGGGCAGGCCGACGAGCUGCUGAGAGAGGGAGAAGCUGCUCUGCGCUGCGGUCUGGGAGAGAAGGAGGACAAACUGGGCAGCUUCACGAAGAAAGCCAUGCACAUCCAGCUGGACAGCCUUCCCGAGGUCCCGGCUCUGGUGGACGUCCCGUUUGUUUCGGCCCAACUGGACGACUCCGUCCUCAACCUGCUGAGGGACAAAGUGUCCCGCCACGGCGCCGUCUCCUCCCAUCCGCCCGUCCAGAUAGAGGAGCUACAGGAGCGGCCGGGCGGCAUCCUGGUCCGCUGGUGCAAGGUGGAUGAGGACUUUGCUGCUGCAGAUUACCGGCUGCAGUACCGGCGGUCGGGCAGCGGGGGGAGCCAGUACGAGGACGCCUACAUCGGCCGGGACUGCGAGUUCCUGGUUCUGCAUCUGGACCCGCACUCGGACCACCUGUUCCGGGUCAGCGCCCGGGGCGAGGGCCGCACCGAGUGGAGCCCCUGGAGUGUCCCGCAGACGGGCUACACCACCCUGGCUCCGCACGAGUGGCGCUCAGGGACCGAGGGCUACAUCCUCAGCAGCAGGAAGAACAUCGCCCUGCGUAACGACUCCGCCCAGAGCCGCUGCGCCGUCCUGUACUCCAAUGCCCCCACCUACUUCUGCGGCCAGACGCUCACCUUCAAGAUCUCUGCAGCUGGCCAGAUGGAUCGGCUGGACAGCCUGGGAGUUUGCAUCGACACUCAGAGCGGAGACGAGUCGCUGCAGAGAGACCAAGCUGUCUGCAUCUCCACCAACGGCGCCGUUUUCGUCAACGGCAAAGAGAUGACCAAUCAGCUUCCGGCCAUCACCGUGGGCUCGGCCGUGACCUUUGACAUGGAGGUAGUCAAUCUGCUACCCGUCAGCAACAACAACCUGAGCGAGGGCGGCCAUUUUAAGCUGCGAGUGACGAUCGGCUCCGGGAACCGGGAGGUGGUGUUCGACUGGCUGGUGGACCAGGCGGUGGACUGCCUCUUCUUCGGCUGCUCCUUCGUCCACUCUGGCUGGAAAGUUCUCGUGUUUUAGGAAAAUUAAUCCUCCGAUUGCCCCCGCUACCUGCAACGCAACUUUCCAUCAUCCAACAAAGUUUUCAGGGGAAAAAAACAAAGGAAUAUUUGUCUUUUGAUCAUGACCAUCAUGACAACGCGGCUGACUAUCAAACAUGUUUGCUUGGAUCUGCAGGUUUCCUUCAAAUGAAAUUCAAUAAAACUUUUCACUGUAGCAGCAGUUUAAGCACAUUUCUAAACAAGUACUUAAAAACGAAAGCAAUGAAGCCCUGUGACAGCUUUUAGUAAUCUUACAUUUUAUUUGCUUUUUGUCUUAGCUGGUUAAAAUCUGAUUUAAAGAAAGAAUGCAUCAGGGAGCCUAUAAAGAGAAAUUUAACUCACGUAUUUAUUACCUUUGCUGAGAGGUAAUCUGACUCAUGAAAGGGGGAAUUGUAGUGGGCCUAAUAAUCAGCCCUGAGGGAUCCCAUGAUGAAUUAGAGGAAAAAGUGUGUUUUUAUUCUCCCUUGGUUCCAUUUUACAGUUUAUCCAGAUGAGUCUGAACUCCUCCUGAGGUUAAAGUCCAAAUUUAGGGGCUGCGUCCUUUGAAAGCCACAUUUGAAGGUCAAAGCAAUGCAAUCAGUUUUAUUUUUUUAUUAUAAAAUUUUAAUUUAUGAUUUUUUGGGGGGCCUACAAAGUGGGGAAAUUCAGUAUGCAUUUUAUAAUUCAUUUUUACAUUUUUUAUGUUGACAUACUAAGCAGAAGAGUUCAGUUUACUUUCACAUGAAUUUUUUUAUGGUUCACAAAGUAGGAGAAAAGUUACGUUUUUUUUUUUUACUACCUUUUAUUUUUUAUAUUAGUAUUAAAAGUUGUCUGUACAAAAAUUGUAAUCACAAACCGGUUGAGCUGUUGUAAUUUUCAUAGACAUGUUUAAUUAUAAUUGAAUUAAUUCAAAAGGAUUACAUUUAAAAAAAACUUCAACAGAAAAAAACUUCGGUGAAAUGGCGAAAUCCAGUUUCAUUGUUUGAACGUGAAGAAAUGCUGAUUUAACCACGUCACGGUUGCUAGGCGACCUGACAUGCGCAGAGGGAAGGGCGGGAAUUUCGCAGCGUCUCCAUUCUAGUGUUCGUGGUGAACGAAGGACGCAAUCCCAAGAUUUGAACAAGUCGGAUGCUCUGCGCUUCCUCUUCUCGUUUUAAUCACAGAACCGCCUUAGAAAGUUGAUCAAUAGAGAAAAACAACUGAUAAAGAUUUAUGUGGAACAGAAAUCUAGUUUCAUUGUACGUGAAGAAAUGCUGAUUUAUCUGAGAAAUUAGGUCUGUCCUGAUGACUUUGUAGUUGCAGCGGUGAUUUUUCUGUUAUUUUAUUCCAGAUCCUUCUCACUGAGUGGGUUGUUGUUGUUUACAGGUUUUGUUGAGACUUUUUAAAAGUAUAUUAAUCUAUGCAAUUAAUUAGUUUUACCACAGAAGCAGCUUCACAGCUCGAGGGAUGUUUUAAAUAAUUUUGCUCACUGUGAAUGUCGCACACACUCUUUGCCACCUAAAAGCAGCAGUUAGAUUUUUUACUAAGUGAAUCUUUGCUUCUAAAGCAUCUUGAAUGCCAGAAUAAUGAGCUUUGAGAAAAUAUGUUUUCUAUUAAUCUAGGAGUGAAACUGUCGUGUUAAUUUCAGACUGUGGAGCUCGUUCACCUGACGCUGAUUUUUGAGCCAAAAACCUUCACGUUAAAAUGUCUUUUGCCUUUUUGUCCCUCUAUAGAGUUGGAGAAAAAUGCCAAACUGGUUCUUAAAAGCAUAAAAUAUCCAUGAAUUACGACUUUUGUGACAAUCCCGACAGUAUUCACACCACCGGGUUCAUAUCGCCACCGUAGUUCAUUCACCUCCGUCUGAUCUUUUUCUGUGAAUUUCUUAAACCUCUUUCUCAAUCUGUAGGUCAAAGAAAAAAAAGUGUGUUGUAUUUAUGUGUACUUGUACUCACAUGUAGCAGUUUAAAUGAGGAUCCUGGACGUCUGGGACUGAACCAUAGGAAGGCUUCGAUGCUGGAUGACAACAAACGAACUUUUUCCAGUUGCCUAAAAUCCUAAUUUAUCUGUGGAUGUUUUCUUUAUCCUCGCUGAGGACAACUGGAGCCGGAAACGGGUUCAGUUGAUGGUACAAAUGUCCUGAAAUCAACCAACAGAACCUCAGAAAUGAAAAACAAAACUUCCCUCUGUACGGGAGGAAGGUGAAAUGGCGACACCUCGUGGUCAAAACUGUGCAUUGCAUCGGUGUUCACACUUUGGAUCAAUAAAAAAAAUAAAAAAACUUUC